CCGCGAGCCGACACUGGAGGCAGCAGCAGCGGCGGCGGCGGCGGCCCGGACCCGCAGCGCCGCACUCUCUCAGCGCCGCCCGCCCCGACGGCAUGGCCCGCGGCCCGCGCUCCGGGCGCCCGCAACCUCUCUGAGAGCCGCCGCGGCCCCCGACCCACGAGUGGGGUCCCGAGCCGCCGGGAUGAACCGCGCCGAGUGGUGAUCGCCGCUCGGGAAUGCGGGUGUGAAGAGUCCGAGCAGCCGCCCAGCGGGAAAGAGACCCCGGGACGCCGGAAAUCACCAUCCCGAAGCUGCGAGAAGGGGGGGAAAGAGAGCAUUCUUUCAGUUUGUGUGCCUUGUGGGGAAUUUUUUUAAUCGCUAUUUUUUUAAAAAGAAACAUUUCCGUGCUACUGUCUGUCAUCAUCUCUGGGGAAAUCAGCCAGAACCACCGGAACGUAACCAAAACCAGACGACAGAGGCAGGAGCCGAGGCCGUACCUGCAGCGUCCGGACACCAGAGCCACCUUGGAACCGGAACGCGUCUCCGGCGGCCACGGGGCUGCGGCUCCGCCAAACUUUGGGGCGGGCGGGGCGGGCUGGGGCGCCGAGGGGGCUUCGUAGACCGAGGGCCGCCCCCUAACCAUGAUGUUUCGCGACCAGGUCGGGGUGCUGGCGGGCUGGUUUAAGGGCUGGAACGAGUGCGAACAGACUGUUGCGCUGCUGUCGCUGCUUAAGCGCGUGAGCCAGACCCAGGCCCGCUUCCUUCAGCUCUGCCUGGAGCACUCGCUGGCCGACUGCGCCGAGCUGCACGUCCUCGAAGGGGAGGCCAACAGCCCCGGAAUCAUUAACCAAUGGCAACAGGAAUCCAAGGAUAAAGUGAUUUCCCUCCUGUUAACUCAUCUGCCUUUGCUGAAGCCAGGAAACCUUGAUGCAAAAGUAGAGUAUAUGAAACUGUUACCCAAAAUCCUGGCGCACUCUAUUGAACACAACCAGCACAUUGAGGAGAGCAGGCAACUGCUGUCCUAUGCUUUGAUACAUCCGGCCACUUCGCUGGAAGACCGCAGCGCGUUAGCCAUGUGGCUGAAUCACUUGGAGGACCGCACAUCGACCAGCUUUGGCGGCCAGAGCCGAAGCCGCUCGGACUCUGUGGAUUAUGGGCAGACACACUACUAUCACCAAAGACAGAACUCCGAUGACCAACUGAACGGGUGGCAGAACUCUCGGGAUUCUGGGAUUUGCAUCAGUGCCUCCAACUGGCAGGACAAAAGCCUGGGGUGUGAGAACGGCCACGUGCCCCUCUACUCCUCCUCAUCUGUCCCCACCACAAUCAAUACAAUUGGAACCAGCACAAGUACAAUUCUCUCAGGCCAGGCACACCACAGCCCUUUGAAACGAUCUGUGUCCCUUACCCCACCCAUGAAUGUGCCAAACCAGCCUCUAGGCCACGGAUGGAUGUCUCAUGAGGACUUACGAGCUAGAGGACCCCAGUGCCUCCCAUCCGAUCAUGCCCCCCUGUCUCCACAAAGCAGUGUAGCCUCUUCAGGAAGUGGUGGGAGUGAACACUUAGAAGAUCAGAACACUGCUCGUAACACAUUCCAAGAAGAAGGUAGUGGUAUGAAAGAUGUUCCAGCCUGGUUAAAAAGUCUCCGCCUGCACAAGUACGCUGCGCUUUUCUCCCAGAUGACCUACGAGGAAAUGAUGGCCCUUACCGAGUGCCAGCUGGAGGCUCAGAAUGUUACCAAAGGUGCAAGACACAAAAUUGUCAUCAGUAUUCAGAAGCUCAAAGAAAGACAAAAUCUCCUGAAGUCUUUGGAAAGGGACAUCAUCGAGGGGGGCAACCUGCGCGUCCCACUCCAGGAACUGCACCAGAUGAUCCUGACUCCCAUCAAGGCCUACAGCCCCCCGAGCACCACCCCUGAGGCUCGCCGCCGGGAGCCCCAGGCUCCGCACCCGCCCUCGCUGAUGGGCCCUGAGGGCCAGAGCCCUGAUGGCAAAGACAGUGCCUCGGCCACCGGGGUCCCAGCGACCACCUCGGCUGGGGCCAGCGGGGGGCUGCAGCCACACCAGCUGAGUAGCUGUGAUGGGGAGCUGGCUGUCGCCCCACUGCCGGAGGGGGAUCUCCCCGGGCAGUUCACACGUGUCAUGGGGAAAGUGUGCACACAGCUCUUGGUCUCCAGACCUGAUGAGGAAAAUAUAAGUUCCUAUUUACAGCUCAUAGACAAGUGUCUAAUUCAUGAGGCAUUUACAGAGACUCAGAAAAAAAGAUUGUUGUCAUGGAAACAGCAGGUGCAGAAGCUCUUUCGGUCUUUCCCUCGGAAAACCCUUCUAGACAUAUCAGGAUAUCGACAGCAAAGAAACCGCGGCUUUGGGCAGUCCAACUCCCUCCCAACAGCCGGGUCUGUGGGCGGUGGUAUGGGUCGGCGGAACCCUCGCCAGUACCAGAUCCCCUCCCGGAACGUCCCAUCUGCCCGCCUCGGCCUCUUGGGCACCAGUGGAUUCGUCAGCUCCACCCAGCGCAGCACUGCGGCCAACCCCACCAUCAUGAAGCAAGGAAGACAGAACCUGUGGUUUGCCAACCCUGGGGGCAGCAACAGCAUGCCGAGCCGCACCCACAGCUCAGUCCAGAGGACCCGCUCGCUGCCUGUGCACACUUCUCCACAGAAUAUGCUGAUGUUCCAGCAGCCAGAAUUCCAACUUCCUGUGACUGAACCUGACAUCAACAAUAGGCUGGAGUCCUUGUGCCUCAGUAUGACCGAGCACGCCCUGGGAGACGGGGUUGACCGGACCUCCACAAUCUAGAAGCUGAAGAUGAGAGUGACCGCGCUGGCCGUGAAAUCGACUGCUGCGGGUCCAGUGUCAGCCAUCUUCAGGGUUGCACAGAAUCCUCCGAGAUACUUUGCAGCCUUUUUUUUUCCCUGGUCCCUCUCCCAUUUUGAUUUUGUGAGAGCGUAGGUCGUCCUUGUAAACAUAUCAGUAGACCGGGGAUUGGUUAUUUUGUCAUUUGUUUCUGUCACGGGAUGGCUUGGUGUGUGGGGUGGGGAGGGGUCUCUAGGGAAAUGUGGGGCUGGGAGGGGAUGGAGAGGGAAGGCAAGUGGCUUCCUGGAUGGAGAAAGGGGGAAAAACGAACAAAAAGAGUUCCGCCGGCAAAGAGCUGGGAGAGACGAGGGAGGGAGGCUGAACCCUGGGCCCAGGCGCCCCUCACAGCCCACCUCCGCAGUUAGGCCCCAGGACACAGUCGUGGGCGAGUGCGACCAAAGCAAGAUGGCGGCCCGUCCUCCCUGCCGCCAGGACCGGCUUUCCCUGAGGACCCGGCUUGGAGUCGAGCCGCAGCAGAGGGCCGCACGGCUCCGGCGGCAAAGGGGGAACGUUCCCUCCAACAAAAUUUCAGAGAAACUUUGAUUUGUGUAUUGUUUACAUAACAAUUUUAAAGGGUACAUAAUGUGUAAAGAGUUUGGAUAGAACUUCUCUUCAUACUAUGGUUUUUGUAAAGGAUUUGUUGAUACGGAUUCAUUUCUUUCCUCUAUUUUUAUAAUAGCAGCAGGGUUGUCUCUCAAAAUGGCUGCCAAGCCGCGCUUGCCCGGAAGGCGGACGCGUCAGGUAGGCCGAGGAGGCGUCUGUCUUUCCACCGCGGCCGGUGCUCGGCAAACAGGUGGGCUGGCGGGACGAGCACGUGACCGGAAGCGCGGGGAAGGGCCGCAGCGUGUGUGUGAUCAGUUAGGGUCGGCUCGCAGGUCACCGUGAGAUUCUGAGAGAAUCCUGCGGCCCCUUUCUGGGCUGGAUUUGCUUCUCACCCACAGACACCUCUUCCUCCCCACCCUACGGUGGGGUUUCAUCCUAUCGCCCUCUGCCUCACUUCACACACACACACACACACACACGUGGGUUCAAGUUCCACUGGAGGAAAAAUGGCAAGGACCGACAUUUUUCCCUUGCGAAAGGCCUUAAUGUCAGCUAAUGAGCUCAAAAGACCACUUCCACUGCGAUUACGCAGAGGGACCUGAGACUGGGGGCCGCGUCCCCCUGGCUCGCUCACUGCUGAGGAA